GCUGGGGAGGCCUGGGGGAGUGGCCCGCCCGCGCGGCCGUAGCGGGUUGGGCGCAGAGCGCGCUUAGUACUUCCGCCUGCGGCUGCUUGUCGGGCAGGAGGAAUGGAGGUGGGCUAAUGCUGUGCUUCGGGGCCGAGCCGGGUGAGGAGAGUCACGGGCAGGCCACGAGCGGGCCAUCAGGCGGGCGCGUAGAGGGGCGCGCGGCAUCUUGCCUUUGGUAUACGCGCGGCCCGCAGGGGAAGGCGCCUACACCGACCCAUCUUUCGGGAGAGCGGCGAGCUACGGGAGUUGCAGCGGCCUCGGGCGGGAAAUGUUCUUUUUGGGGGCCAAAGUGUGAGUAUAUCUGAAUGCAGAGCCUCAUCUAUUCACAAAUAAUCCCAGCAAUCUCAACAAAGAGGAUCACUUCUCUGUAGGACGUUUUGCUAAGGUACAGAAUGAGCACAUGCUGUUGGUGUACUCCAGGUGGUGCUUCCACCGUUGAUGUCCUGAAGUGCUAUGCAUCUAGCACUGGAUCGAGUGAAUUUCAAACUGCUGAUGAAGACCUCUGCUACUGCUUAGAGUGUGUGGCUGAGUACCACAGAGCCAGAGAUGAGGUGCCAUUCUUGCAUGAGGUUUUAUGGGAACUAGAAACCUCACGCCUCAUAAAUCACUUUGAGAAGUCUAUGAAGGCAGAAGUUGAAGAUGAUGAAUUAUAUAUAGUAGACAACAAUGGAGAAGAACAGCUAUUUGACUGUAGUGGCCAAGACUUUGAAAAUAAGCUUCGAGUUCCUCUUUUUGAAAUACUGAAGUACCCUUACUUGCUUCUGCAUGAGCGUGUUAAUGAACUGUGUGUGGAAGCACUUUGUCGAAUGGAACAAACCAGUUGCUCCUUUCAGGUUUUUGACAAAUAUCCAGGGAUCUAUUUGUUUUUGGUUCAUCCCAAUGAAAUGAUUCGGCGAUGGGCUAUUCUGACUGCAAGAAACCUAGGGAAAGUGGACAGGGAUGACUAUUACGACUUACAGGAAGUUUUAACUUGCCUUUUUAAAGUCAUUGAGUUGGGGCUUUUGGAAAGCCCAGACAUUUACACGUCUUCUGUGCUUGAAAAAGGCAAACUGAUCCUUCUGCCUGCACACAUGUAUGAUACUACCAACUACAAAAACUACUGGCUAGGUAUUUGCAUGUUGCUGACUAUUCUUGAGGAGCAAGCCAUGGAUUCACUGUUAUUGGGCUCAGAUAAACAAAAUGAUUUUAUGCAAUCAAUCCUUCACACCAUGGAGAGGCAAUCAGAUGAUGACAGCAUGAAUCCUUUCUGGCCAGCAUUACACUGUUUCAUGGUGAUUCUGGAUCGCCUUGGAUCUAAGGUGUGGGGUCAACUUAUUGACCCUAUUGAAGCAUUUCAAACCAUCAUUAACAAUGUGAGCUACAACAGAGAGAUCCAAAAUAUACGGAACAGCUCUAUAAGGACCAAGUUAGAACCGGAGCCACAUUUUGAUGAUAUGGUGACAUGCAGCCAGAUUGUCUAUAACUAUAAUCCUGAAAAGACUAAAAAGGAUUCAGGGUGGAGAUCAGCCAUUUGUCCAGAUUAUUGUCCUAACAUGUAUGAAGAAAUGGAAACAUUAGCCAAUGUGCUUCAGUCCGAUAUUGGUCAAGAUAUGCGUGUUCAUAACAGUACCUUUCUGUGGUUCAUACCUUUUGUUCAGUCACUCAUGGAUCUUAAGGAUUUGGGUGUAGCUUACAUUGUAGAAGUUAUUCAUCAUCUGUACUCUGAAGUCAAAGAUGUCCUCAACCAGACAAAUGCUGUGUGUGACAAAGUCACUGAAUUUUUUAUUCUGAUUUUAAUAUCCGUGAUUGAACUGCAUAGAAAUAAAAAGUGUUUACACCUGCUAUGGGUGAGUUCUCAGCAAUGGGUAGACGCUGUUGUGAAGUGUGCGAAGCUUCCUACUACUGCAUUUGCACGGAGUUCUGAAAAGUCACCUGGAAGUACCCCAAAGGGAGCAGCAAUAAUAUCAUCAUUGGCGUUGCAUUCAGUGCCCUCAAACUCUGUCCAGCUUGCUUGUGUUCAGUUGAUUAGGGGUCUCCUAAAAGAAGGUUAUCAGCUUGGUCAGCAAACACUUUGUAAACGAUUUUGGGAUAAACUUAACUUAUUCCUUCGAGGAAAUUUAUCUCUGGGUUGGCAGUUGACUGCCCAAGAAACCCAUGAGUUACAAAUGUGCUUGAAACAAAUAAUUAGAAACAUAAAAUCAAAAAUGCCCCAAUAUAGCACUUUUGGGGAUCUGACUUCUGCAUGUAAAACUCUUCCAUCUUUUAAAGAAGAAAGUGAACAAAUAGAUAGGAAGCCUAAAAAGGACAUUUAUUGCCUGGAAAAUUACAGCCCCACAUAUUCUAAAGAACCAAUGAAAGAUGAUAGCAAUCAAGUACUGAUUAACGCAGAUAAUACAGAAGAGGUGGGUGUCAAACAGCACUACAUUGAUUUGAAUCUCGAAGAAGAGGAGCCUCUUCCAGCUGAACUAUGCUUGAAGCAGGAGAGUGAGGCUUUUUUUUCUGGAAAUGCUCAAGAGCAAGUUAAAAUAAGUACAGAGAAGUCUGUAAAAGAAAACUCUUCAUGUACACCACAGAAUAAUACUUUAAGAAAUGUCCCAGAAUGGGGAUGUGACAGAGGAGUAAUAAUAUCAACACGUUCAUUGACUGAUUCUAACACUGAUUCUCUGGGAAAAGUAUCUACAUCAAAUGAAGAUGUCUCAUUAAAGGAUGACACUGUUGGUAAAAACUCAAAGCCAAAGUCUAAAGCACAGAAAGAUGAAAUUUGUGCAAGGUUAUCACAUGUCAUAAAGCAGCAACACAGGAAAAGUACUUUGAUCAAUAACACUAUCAAUCUAGAGGAAAAUACAGCUAUGUCUGAACUUGAGAACUGUUCAGGAAAAGAUAGAGGAGUUCUAAAGGAAGAUGCUAUCACACAUGAUGUGUCUUCAGACUCUGUUUUGGAUGAUGAACACACAGAGCAAAAUUCUGAAAACAGUUCAUUGUUAAAAAAUAAAGAGUUAAAAAGUGAGGAGUCAUUCAAUUCUGAUGAAAACAAGUGUCAAAUCCAGGAACACCAUGCUACUGAUGAUUUGCUAUCAUUUACAGAAGUUACCAAUACAUUUGUAAAGAAAACUUCAUGUGAGGGUCCCGUGAAGGUUGUUGAAUCCAGAGAUAAGGAAAUGAGAAAGAGUACAGUGCUGACUUCUAACUUGGUAAAAGGACAGGUACCUCAUGGCAGUAGCAAGCCUUUGGUAACAGGUUCUCAAAUGGACUUCUGUAACAAAGCUUUAAUAGCUCAAAGCACUGUUAUUCAAUUUCCAACAGGUUCAAGUAAAAAUUCAUCCCAGCUAAAAAGAAAAGAUGAUAGAAGAUGUUUGACAGUUAACCAAAACACUGCUGACACCUGCCAUGGGCAGGUUAUUGUUAUUUCAGAUUCUGAUGAAGAUGAUGAUGAAAGAAGUCAUGGUAUUGAGAAAUACACCAAGCAGGGCAAAGUGUGCACAGGGCAAGAAUGUCCAGAGCAGCAUGGUUUGGUAAUUAACACUGGUGUGGAAAGGAAACUUAUAAAGGAAGAGGCAAAGUGCCCUGUUGAAUUUGAGGACUCUGAAUCUCAGGUUUUUGAGUUUGAAAGUUCUUCUGAAGUGUAUUCAGUUUGGCAAGAUCAUAACGUAGACAUCAAGAACUUCUUUCAAGAGGAAGGAAAAAGCUGUGUAACUCAUGUAGCUGAUAGUACAAUCAAUAAUUUGGGUUGUGGUGCAGACUCUGUGUCUGAAGAAGUUGCUAGAAAUGAAGCAGAGGAUGCUGAAGAGCAUGCAGAACCACACAGUGUUUCUGCUGAGGAAUUUUGUAAAAUUGAAGAAAAAAAACGUAAGAGAAAACGAUGUGACAGAGUUACAGCUGAAGAUCCCCAAAGACCUUCAUCUUCUGUCAGACCUGAGCAAUUGGCUGAUGACAGAGAUCUUGCUGGAAUAGACACACGGAUAUCAGCUUCCAGUUCAAAUGUUGAGAGAGAUUCUACAGUUUCACCGAUCAAGUCUACAAAACCUCGUACUCACUCAAAACCUGUUAGGAAAGUUCCAGCUUCUAAGGCUACUAAGAAAACGCAUUCAGAAACCAAGAGAGGACAGACAAAGAGUUCAUGUUACAUCAGUUGUAGAACAUCUCCUGCUAUUGUGCCACCAAAGAAAUAUCGUCAGUGUCCAGAGCCAACUUCAACAGUUGAAAAACUUGGUCUGAAAAAAGCUCCUCGGAAGGCAUUUGAGUUGUCCCAGAGGUCUCUGGAGUGUAUAGUCCAAUUACGUGACCAUGGUAAGACUGUUGGAGUAGUCAAUGCCCCCAAAAAGACUAAACUAAUUGCUCCUCAGACUCUUUCCAUCAAAAAUAAGAAGCUGCUAACAAGUCAGGAUCUUCAGUUUCAAAGGCUCAUGAGAUCCAGAUCACAUAAAAAACGAGACCUUGAUUACAAAAAUACUGAUAUUUCGAGAACAGUGCCAUGCACAGUACAGGAUUCUUAUGUACCUGUAACUGACUCUGAUGGGCCAGAUAAUCAUAGAGGAAGUGAGCUACCUGCCAACAGUAAUGAAAAGCAAUUAGCAAAAUGCAUACCUUCCAAACCAGAAGUGGCAGAAGCCAUUUCCGACCCUCGGGUGACUGAUAUAGCUUCUCUUGUGAACCAGUGUGAGUCUAGAGUGUUAAGUGGAGGAGUGCCAACAGAUGUGAUGUUAUUGGCUUCAGAGGACCCUGUGGGUGAAGAUGGUCCCACACUGCCAGUUGCGGAGGUGGCAGCUGUGAAAGCUGCAGAACCAGAAUCCAGUAGCGAUACAGAUGAUGACAAUUUAUUCCUAACACAGCAUGAUCCUCAAGAUAUGGAUCUGUGCUCACAGAUGGAAAAUAAUAAACCGAUUGUAGUGACUCAUAAAGAUGCUAUUCAGAGAGAGGAUUCUGUAAGUCAGCCUCAGCUGGAGUCUUUGAGUGUCACAAAAUGUAAGUAUAAAGACUGUGUUGAAACUACAAAGAACCAGAGUGAAUUCUGCCCAAGACACUCUGAAGCUAAAGCUGCAGAUGAUGAUGUGUUUCGUAAACCUGGCUUACCUCUUUCUGUUGCCAGGUCCUUGAGACCUACUACUACCAAGAUAUUUAGCUCAAGCAGUGCUUCACGAACUGCCAAUCUUUCCAAGUCUUUGGAAAGUACCAUUCUUCAGUCAGCACUAAAAAAUAAGUCAAGUGGGGUACAGCCUAAUUUGAAGGUGACACCACCCUCUUCCGUAGUGUCGAAGCCAGUGGCUGAGGUGAAAAGUUUAUGCAAUAUUUUCAAUUUUCAGACUCCGAGCAGUUCCAAUAAACAGAGUUACAAGCUUACACUUAGUGACAGCAAGCCUGUGACAGCUUCCUCUUCAGUGAACAUUCACUUGCCAUCACAGUCUAUCUUUGACACCUUCAUUAAAGAGGUCUUAAAAUGGAAAUACCAAAUGUUUUUGAACUUUGAUAAAUGUGGCGCCCCAACAAGUCUCUCUCAAUCUAUCUCAAGACCCGUGCCCGUCAGAUUUCAAGAUUGUGCAGAGUAUUUUAAUGUUUUUCUUCCUUUGAUUAUAUUGAAUGCUUUUGAAACAGUGGCACAGGAAUGGUUCAACUCUCCAAAUAAACAGAAUUUCUAUCAUUUGCAUUUACGAAAAUUUCCAGCUGACUAUAAAAAAUACUGGGAGUUUAUAAUUUACCUGGAGGAAUCUGAGCUAGCUAAACAGCUUCAUCCAAAGGAAAAUGAUCUGGUGUUUUUGGUUCCUGAGAGACUACAUAGAGACAAGAAAGAUAUGAGCAGGAAUGGCAUGCAAGAUCGAAAUGGCUAUUACUGUGGUUAUGUUCAUAAGUUUCGCCGUACUUCAGUCAUGCGCAGUGGAAAAGCUGAGUGUUCCUUGUGCAUCCAGACACAAGAUAACUUGCCAGCCAGACUAAAUGAAUACACGAAAUGUAUUGUGAUCAGUUCUUUGGUAACUACACAGAGGAAAUUGAAAGCCAUGUCUCUGUUGAGCAGUCGGAACCAGUUGGCCAGAGCUGUUCUAAAUCCAAACCCCAUGGAUUUCUGUACCAAAGACCUGUUAACUACAUCAUCUGAAAGAAUUAUCACCUACUUAAAAGACUUCAAUGAAGACCAGAAGAAAGCCAUAGAAACAGCAUAUGCUAUGGUGAAACAAUCCCCAUCUGUUGCCAAAAUCUGUUUGAUUCAUGGGCCCCCUGGAACAGGAAAAUCCAAAACCAUUGUUGGUCUCUUGUACCGCUUAUUGACAGAGAACCAGAGGAAGGGCCAUUCUAAUGAAAACUUCAAUGCCAAAAUCAAGCAAAACCGAGUCCUCGUGUGUGCACCUUCCAAUGCAGCUGUUGAUGAACUUAUGAAGAAAAUUAUCCUCGAAUUCAAAGAAAAAUGUAAAGACAAGAAGAAUCCUUUGGGAAAUUGUGGAGAUAUAAAUUUAGUACGACUGGGUCCAGAGAAGUCUAUUAAUACAGAGGUCCUAAAAUUUAGUUUGGACAGCCAAGUCAGCCACAGAAUGAAAAAAGAUUUGCCUUCUCAUAUUCAAGACAUGCUUAGAAGAAAAGAAUUUCUAGAUGGUCAACUUGAUGAGAUUUCUCGUCAGCGAGCUCUGUGUCGAGGGGGGCGGGAGAUGCAGAGGCAAGAAUUAGAUGGAUGUAUUGUCAAAAUUGCAAAAGAAAGGCAAGAACUUGCUUCAAAAAUUAAAGAAGUUCAGGGGCGCCCACAGAAAACACAGAAUACCAUCAUCUUGGAGUCUCAUGUUAUCUGUUGCACGUUGAGCACAAGCGGUGGUUUGCUGCUUGAGUCUGCUUUUCGAGGGCAAGGGGGUGUCCCCUUUAGUUGUGUCAUUGUUGAUGAGGCUGGGCAGUCUUGUGAAGUUGAGACACUUUCUCCACUUAUCCAUCGCUGCAACAAACUUAUCCUUGUAGGAGACCCCAAACAGCUCCCUCCCACAGUCAUUUCUAUGAAAGCACAGGAGUAUGGCUAUGAUCAGUCAAUGAUGGCACGAUUCUGCAAGCUGCUUGAAGAGAAUGUGGAGCAGAACAUGAUUGGCAGGCUGCCAGUUUUACAGCUUACCAUUCAGUACAGGAUGCAUCCAGAUAUAUGUCUCUUCCCUUCUAAUUAUGUUUAUAACAAAAACUUGAAAACAAAUAGAAUGACUGAAGCCAUUCGGUGUUCAUCAGAGUGGCCAUUUCAGCCCUACCUCGUGUUUGAUGUUGGAGAUGGUUCAGAACAACGGGAUAAUGACUCAUACAUAAAUGUUCAAGAAAUAAAGUUGGUGAUGGAAAUAAUUAAACUUAUUAAAGACAAAAAAAAGGAUAUUUCCUCCCGAAAUAUUGGCAUAAUAACUCAUUACAAGGCUCAGAAGACGAUGAUCCAGAAGGAUUUGGAGAAAGAAUUUGAUAAGAAAGGUUUAUUACAGCCCAUCAUGAUGGGGGAGUCAAGGCAGCAGGACCCUGAAGCAUCCAAUCAGCGGAAGAAGAGCAGUGAAUGCAUGCAUACUAGUGAUGAGCUCGAUUGCUCCACUUUUACACAGUCUGGAGUCUCCUGCGUAGAGAAUGGUGUCACCCACACUGGGCCUGCAGAAGUGGAUACAGUGGAUGCCUUCCAGGGCCGGCAGAAAGACUGUAUAAUUGUUACCUGUGUCAGGGCGAGUGCUGUGCAAGGUUCAAUUGGAUUCCUGGCAAGUUUGCAGAGAUUGAAUGUCACCAUUACACGAGCCAAGUACAGCCUUUUCAUCCUUGGACAUUUGAGGACUCUGGUGGAAAACCAACAUUGGUAUGAACUGAUUCAGGAUGCUCAGAAGCGUGGGGCCAUUAUUAAGACCUGUGACCCAAACUAUAGACAUGAUGCAAUGAAAAUUCUGAAACUGAAGCCUGUGCUGCAGAGGAGUCUGACGCAUCCUCCAGCCACUGCCCCAGAGGUGCCGAGACCUCAGGGUGGCCUCCCCAGCAACAAACUGGACAGUGGAUUUGCCAAGACAUCUUUUGCUGCUUCUCUGUGCCACACACCCUCUGAUACCUCUGAUACUGUCACUUCGAAGGAACCUGAAAGGCCACCUCUUCAAGACCGCCUUCGAGAUCCACGGCUGCUUAGGAGAUUGGAUGCUGAAGCUAAGGGAACAUUCCUGAAAGAUGCACAGCCUCUGAACCCCCAGCUCCCAGGGAUAGUCCAUCGUCUCCUGGGAGAGUCUGGCAUUCCUCUUAAUUUUCAGGACCUCAGUUUUAUUGUGCCACCAUCCACUGCCAUUGUUGCCCCUAUGAACAGCAACAGGUCUCCUCUUCAGGCUGAGAUACCACCUGCUCACCCUGCUGCUCCUUCUACAAGUAAGAGGAAGUACAGUGACCGAGACUCUGGGUUCAGUCACAGAAGGGAAUCUAGGGCCUCCAGUGAAGAAGAGAGGCAUGGCUCUGUGACUCAUCACAUGCUGAGGAGUGCUGACUGGGAUAGGAGGGGGCUGGAACACGAGGACAGCAGUGCUAAGAAGAGACGGUUUCUAUAGUAGCUCCUGGUGAGGAGACUGCCAUCCACAGGUCGGUAAUGACACCAUACAGAUCAGCUGGGUUUUAUUUUUGUUUCCCUUGAAGAGUCUGUGUUAAAGGAUGGAAUACCUUUUAACCCUUGGGCUGUUGAUCAUCUUCAGUACUUUUUGCCAAUUAUAUACACUUGGAGAGGGCAUUUGUUUACCUGUAAUGUCCUUGAGGUCAAAAUUCAAAGUGUUGGGAUCUUUUGUUCUGUAGAAAAAGUCAGGUGAAUAUUGUAAAGGUUAAACUGCCAGUCUGUAUAGCAAAUCCGAAAUCCUUUUAAAAUGUAGACCACAUUUCCUUCCUCUGCUUAAAAUAUUAGUCAUUUUCCAACAGAACAAACUUUAUAUUUAAAGAGAGAGAGGAGAACAGGUGCUUUCAGCCAUCUUAUGGUGGACAAGUUUUUUUUUUUAACAGCCUCAGUACUGGGAGUUAGCCUAGUUGGCACCAGUGGCCAAAGAACUGUUGGGGACUCCUGAGCCUUCAGAUGGCAGCAUGUUGGGAGCUGUUGUGAGACAAGGCAGCUUAGUACAGGGCAUUACUGUGGCAAGUUCAUUUACGUUUAUUAGUGUGUGACUUAAUUUUCUUGCUAAAUUUCUUUCCCUUCUCAACAGAAGAACGGUUCUUGAACUGUCAUUCAGAUGGUCCCAAUGUUUUGUGAGAUUGGUAUAACUGGUGAGUUGUAGACAUGGUUACCAAAUGGAGGAUUUGUACUGGCCUGGCCUGCAAGAGUCCCUUCAGGUUGCUUGUGAAGCUUUUAGGGUUGUCAGGAAAAUAAAGAGUAGAUGCUUUCUGAGGGAUUCCAUGGGAGCUACACAGGGCAGAGCAAAUAGUGUAUCUCAGACAGGAAAGAUACUCGGUGAGAAAGAGAACUUGUCAUCUGGGCUUCAGGACCAUCCAAUAGAUGGGAAUUGUUGUGUUGGGUCACUAGGGGCACCUGGUUUCUGUCAGACCUGGUGUACCUGUUAGAGGAAAGCAUGAGGGGACUGGAGUCAAGACAAGGGAGGACUAUCUAACCAGUCAGGUUUCCAAACCGUGAAUGUGGAGUUUCUAGUGACUUCUGUACAUACUGCCUAUUAGCUGCUUUGGGGCAAGAAGACAUCCCUGAAAAUGUUUGGAAUUUUCUUUGUCAUCUGUUCUUAAACAAAAGGGUUUGUGUUAGAAAUUCUGCUGAAGCAGGUUUUAUUUGUUAAGAGCUGUGAAAAAAAAUGGUGUGCAUUUUGCCAAGUUUCAACUGAGUUUCCUGAGCUGUCUUUUCAGCUGGUGCCCAGACAUGUACCCUAAUGUCUGCUGGACACUUACAAAGCUAGGGGAGUGGGUGCCUCUCAGAGCGCUUCAGCCUCCCGGCUGUACCUGUACCUGGCUAGGUGGGAAGUAAAUCCACUCUGGCUAGGGCAAGGGCUAAAUAAACCUUCUUCAUGUGACAUUGGCAGGAAACCUCACUGCCACUUGAAAUUUUCUUUCCUGUUGUCUUUGGAAUAUGUUCAGUUUAGCAGGGAUUUGUGAACGUGACUACUAAAGAAGGCCAAAAGUGUGCUUCUGAGGGGGAAGAAGGCCAAAAGUGUGCUUCUGAGGGGGAAGAAGGUCAAAAGUGUGCUUCUGAGGGGGCAUUUCCCUUCUGCUCACAUCACCACAUAGAUUAAGAAACAAGUUUUUAAAAAUAGUUUUUUUCAAAGCAUUGUAGUCGAUUGCUACCAGGCGUGUAUUCAUCUGUGGGCUCACUGCUAACCACAUCAGAGUAUGUUAAAAUUAGGAGGGUCUUGACCUGUUUAUUUUGUGAGUAUAAAGAGCUGCUGGGAUUAGACUCUAGACAGAACCUUGAGUCCUUGUAUCCUCCUUUCCAGCAACCAAGCCUUGCCUUAGAACAUUCUCUCAGCUGGUUGUAGGUGUGUGGCAUUAGAUUUGGAAACCUUCUUUAUUCGUUAGUGAAGUUGUUUGCAGAAAGCAUUUGCUGUGUCAGGUGGCCUUUUCCUGAAGGGACUGUCAUGAGUGGUUAAUCCUGACAAGAUGAAAAGUUCACUUUGUCCUUCCUGUGGUUAAAAGAACAUGCCCUGAUUACUUUCAAAAUGUUAUUUCAAGGCAAAUGUAUUAUACCUGUCUCAUUUUGCUUCUCUCUGAUUUACCACAGUUUGUUUAGUUAUGUUUUCAUGAAUUAUCAGGAGCAAAUUUUAACAAGAACAUGUGAAUAACCUCCUGUAAAUGAGUUUUAUAACAAGAGUGUACUAAACUAUUUUCUAAAAUUACUUGUGCACAUUGGGAAUCUUUCUGUAGCUUUGUGUUUUGUAUGCUCUGGGUUCAUAACUGUUAUCUUUGUUAAUACCUAAAAUUUAAGAGAAAAUGACAGAAUUAAAAACAAACAAAACUGGCAUGGGUUAGAAGUAUUAUAUGUUGCUAAGUUAAAGCAGAAGGUGCUGCCAGGGGACCCUUUAGUCUUCAGCUUCAUGUGUAAUUGCCAGCCCUGCCUAGUCCCACUGUCUUCAUCCCCAGGUCCCUUUGGAAUCUUUUAGGUAAGGUGAGCCUCCCCACUGCCACACGGACACCCUGCAAAUUACAGCAAGUUAACCGUUAAGAGUGGAGGCCAGGAAGGUGAGAUAGCAAAUGAACAGUGACCUGGGCAGGCACUCCUAGAAAUACCAGUGGAGGCACCAGGGUAUCCGUGUCCAAGUCAGGUAAUUACCAGUGAUUACAGAUACUCAGAACACUCACAGUGGCUUAUAGAAUGGUGUCACUUAAAAGGCACUUGUUCUGUUCUCCACAUCUUCCUGUACUCAGGGUGCAUUCAGUUCACAGGGAUGAAGAGAGGGUCAUAAGUUUGCCCGAUGAGACGAGUGCUGGGCCAUGGUCACUUCAUCUGUGCAAUUCCUUAGCACAGUAACUGUGCCAGUGAUUGAAGUGACCAGGCAUCCCUCUCUGGACCAAUCCACAGUUGCAUGCAGUCCACCACCUCCAGGGUUUCACUAUUCAUUGAGGAAUAAAUAAUUCAGGGAGCAAUGUAAGAUUUAGCUUGAACUUAAAGAAAAUUUACUGUGUUGUGAGCACCACAGAGGCAGUUUCUGCCCAUAAGGGACCUUUUGCUGUGCAGAAGGCACUCACCACAUUGAGGGAUGUCAGUGGUGAUCUCCAAUAGCAAAUGAAGCCAUGGUGGCCAGGAACACAGCUGCCUUUUUCUGCUGCUGAUAGAGUGGUUGCAGUGGGAGCCUUCAGCCGGGGAGUCAGCAAGGGACCUUUUAAAAAGGUGCUUGCUUUUGGCUCACCCCAGAAUCCCUAAUCAAAUGGAUUUGGGGCACAGCUCUUGAAGUUUCAGUUUUUGGGUGUUUUCAUGGCACAGCCAACACUGGAGUCUAGCUCCUAUGGAGUCAGCAGGAAUAAGGAUCCCAUAGGGGGUCAGUACAACAUCUGAGUUCCUUGGAUGUGCCCUUCCCCAAGAAAAGUAAAUAGGUUAUUUGUUGUUUCUGUUCAGUUGAGACAUUCCAAAGAGUCUAGGUUCCAGCAGUGCCAAGGGAGGAGAGUGAGAUAAUCCAACUGUUUCUCCCUGCAAGGAGCCCACAUCAUUGUGUGCAAAACAUUUGAUUUUCUUGUGGGUUUGCUCUCGGCUUUGGUCACUGGGCUUAAACGUAUGUAUAAAACCAUGGAGACUGGUUUCUACCACUUCCUAAGCUCUCUUGUGCUUCCUAUUCUAGAUAGUGAUUUUAUUACUCUUUACAUUUUCCCCCAUUACCCCAGUGCUGGGUGAGCCCAGGGCCCUCAUAUACUAGACAAGGACUCCAUCACCUCCCCAGAGACCUCCCUCCCCCGUUUUGAGACAGGGUCUCACUAUAUAGCCCUAUAUGGCCUAGAACUUUUAUUCUGUAGACCAUGCUGAACUCAGAGAUCUACCUGCUUCUGCCUCUUGGUGCUGGGAUUAAAGGCAUCCCUGUGAGACCUGGCUAACCAUCCCCGCCCCCCUUUUUUUAACAGUAAAAGUCAAUUGCCUUUACUUUUAAGAUUUUUAAGAAUUUAAAUUAUGUGUAUAUGUGUGCCUGUGCAAGUGAGUGUGGGAUUCAGAGGCAUCAGAUGUGCUGGAGCUGGAGAUCCUGUGAACUGCUGGACUGACAUGGGUGCAGAGAACCUGAUUCGGGUCCUCUACAAGAGCAGUGAGUACUCCUGACUGCUGAGCUCUCUCUAGCCCUUUAUAAUGACAAUAAAGAGCACACACCAGUUUAUCCAA